UUCAGCCAGAUGGGAGGCUCUUCACCAUGCGCGUCCUGCAAGUUAUUAAGGCGCCGCUGCACCAAGGACUGCAUCUUUGCCCCUUACUUUCCUUCCGAUGAUCCCCAAAAGUUUGCCAUCGUUCACAAGGUCUUCGGCGCCAGCAACGUCAGUAAAAUGUUGCAGGAGCUUCCAGUUCACCACAGAGUGGAUGCAGUGAGCAGUUUGGUUUAUGAAGCAAAUGCAAGAAUGAGAGACCCCGUUUAUGGAUGUGUUGGGGCAAUAUCUUAUCUACAAAGCCAAGUAUCACAGUUGCAAAUGCAGCUCGCAGUGGCUCAAACAGAAAUUCUUUUCAUUCAGACGCAGCAAGGCCCUAAUCCUUUGCCGACGAUGUCGCCCCAAACAGACGUUCAAAACGACAAGUCACUUCUUUUUUCCUGCAAUAACUUCAAUACCAUUCCUCAGUACCUUGGUCAUGCUUCUUCUAGCAAUGUAAUCCAAGAUCCUCUCAAAAGAGAUUCUCUUUGGACGUAAUUAAGUUGCUUUCUUUUAUAAAAAUAAUUCUCUUCUGUUAUUGCUUAAUGUCUGGCUUUGUUGAGAAGGUAACGGUUU